AUGCAAAAAUCCUUUUCUUCUUCAAAAAAUUAUUAUCAACAAUGGAAUUUAGGAGAAUUAAAUAAAGGAAUGCAAAAAGAGGAGGAAGUAGAUUUUGUUGAAAAAAUUGAAAUUGAAGAGGAGGAGGAUGAGGAGGAAUUGGCACCAGAAGAAUUACAAGAAUUGGAAGAUCAUUUAUGUGAGAUGGUUACCCCGAAGAAUGUUUUGUUAUUUGGAGGAAGAAAUAGAAGAAGAACCCCCCUACUUAUUGGUUCAAACGACGCUUCUUCUCGUUUUUGGCGCCCUCAAUCAUCUACUGCUACAGCAACAACAACAGAUUCAAACAGUGAAUUUGGUGGGGGACAUUCAUUAAUAGAAACAAGCAUUACUAACAGUAGAAAAAGUCAAAAACAAGAAGAUGAUGAAUUUAGAGAGAAAGGAGCUAGAAAGUACGCCAAAUUAAUUCUCCCACAUGUUGGACUUGUUUUAUUAACAUGUUGUUACACUUUAUUGGGUGCUUCUUUGUUUUAUUCAGUUGAGAGGCCCAAUGAAUUGAGAGCAAAAAGGAUAUGUCUUGAUAAUAUUAAUAAACGCCAAGAAUUAUUUGUUUCUGAAUUGGUAUGGUUGGCUGCUAGCAAUUUAAGUGGAGAAAGAAAAAAUUGGGAGAGAAUAGCGAGAGAACACUUGUGGGUAUUUUUAUUAGAAUUUAUUUUAAAUUUCCGGAAAGAAAAUAAAAUGUGCGCAAUUUAA